AUGGAGCUGAGCCUGGAGAGCCUGGGGGGCCUGCACGGCGUGGCCCACGCGCAGGCGGGCGAGCUGCUGAGCCCGGGCCACGCGCGCUCGGCGGCGGCGCAGCACCGCGGCCUGGUGGCGCCCGGGCGCCCGGGCCUGGUGGCCGGCAUGGCGAGCCUCCUGGACGGCGGCGGCGGCGGCGGGGGCUCCGGGGGCGCGGGCGGCACGGGCGGCGCGAGCGGCGGCGCCGACUUCCGCGGGGAGCUGGCGGGCCCGCUCCACCCGGCCAUGGGCAUGGCCUGCGAGGCGCCCGGCCUGGGCGGCACCUACACGACGCUCACGCCCCUGCAGCACCUGCCGCCUCUCGCGGCCGUGGCCGACAAGUUCCACCAGCACGCGGCCGCCGCGGCUGUGGCCGGGGCGCACGGCGGCCACCCCCACGCCCACCCGCACCCGGCGGCCGCGCCGCCCCCGCCGCCCCCGCCGCAGCGCUUGGCGGCCAGCGUGAGCGGCAGCUUCACCCUCAUGCGCGACGAGCGCGCCGCGCUCGCCUCCGUGGGCCACCUCUACGGGCCCUACGGCAAGGAGCUGCCCGCCAUGGGGUCCCCGCUGUCGCCUCUGCCCAACGCGCUGCCGCCCGCCCUGCACGGCGCCCCGCAGCCCCCGCCGCCGCCGCCGCCGCCUCUGGCCGCCUACGGCGCGCCGAGCCACCUGGCCGGGGACAAGCUGCUGCCGCCCGCCGCCUUCGAACCGCACGCCGCUCUGCUGGGGCGCGCCGAGGACGCUCUGGCUCGCGGGCUGCCCGGAGGCGGCGGCGGCGGCGGCGGCGGCGGCGCGGGCGGCGGGGGCACCCUCCCGGAAGAGAGCCCAGACCGUGCACCGGGCGCCGGGGCCGAGGAGGCCAGGGCCAGGCCCGCGCUCAGCCCUCGGCCCCAGCGCGCGCUUCUUUGUAGCUCGGCCUCAGCGAUCGAUAGCCCCCUCCCCCGCUCCGGCCGCUGGCAAAGGUCACCAGAGAACGGGCGGGGGAGGGGCGGCCCUGGGGACCCUCGCCUGCGCAGCCCGGAGGCCUUCACACCCCAGCCGGCUGCCCUGCGAGCUGACAACAGCUGGGUCCACACCUGCCCCCAGCGAGGCCGCCUGGCCAGGCCCCCUCUCCCUGAUGCUUGUGGGGUGCAGGAGAGCCCCUGCCACCGUCCCCACAAUGGGCCUGACCUGGAGGGGGGUGUCUCUCCCUGGCCACAGGGGGAGGGGGCUGUGGCUGCCCCAGCCGUGGGGACAAUAGGCCUGGCUCUGUGGCCGGAUCGAUUGCUUCUCUGCGCACAGGGGCAAGAGGAGCUGGAGUGCUGCCUCUCAAACCGGGCGCCCCCCAAACCCGUGCAGGCGACGGGGUCAUCCAUGCGCCCCCAGCUGGGCCCGCUGGAACACCUGUCUCGCGGGCCUCUAGUUACUGCCCGACUCCACUCCCGGAUGCUUGGAGUGGAGAAAGGGUCGCACCCAACCACAGUGACCGGGGAGCCGGAACCGCGCUUCUCCGAACGCCAGGCGCAUCCGCGCGCGCGAGCUGGGGGAAGCGUCGGGGCCUCGAUUUCCCCCACAAGGCGAGCGCCGCCCGGCAUUGCCGUGGAGACCGGCCACGGAGAUCCAGAGGACAGUCAGGCCGUUCCAGACGGUUCCGGGCCAGCCCCUGACCACCUGCCCGGGAAUACUUGGGCGCGAGACCCGAGUUCUGAGGGCGGGGAGACGUGCCAGUCACUGGACAAACGGACAAACGCUGCCGGCCAGCUGUCUCUGGCGGCCCACCCCGCGCUGGGCAGCAGAGGGAAAUCAGGAUCAGGCUUGAGCCCAGGAGCGUGCAAGCGCAAGGAGCAAGAGCAGCAGAAGGAGCGCGCGCUGCAGCCCAAGAAGCAGCGCCUGGUGUUCACCGACCUGCAGCGGCGCACGCUCAUCGCCAUCUUCAAGGAGAACAAGCGGCCGUCCAAGGAGAUGCAGGUCACCAUCUCGCAGCAGCUCGGCCUGGAGCUCAACACCGUCAGCAACUUCUUCAUGAACGCGCGGCGCCGCUGCGUGAACCGCUGGGCGGAGGAGCCGGGCGCCGCCCCCGCGGGCCCCGCCGCCGCCGCCACCUUCUCCAAGGCCUGA